CCUCAUGCUCCACCUCUCUGGAUCUUUGCUGCUCCGUUCCCUUGGCAACGUAGUACACAGCGCGAACCCUAGCACCCUGCACGAUGUGCUACAGCAGAGUAGGUGAAGAGAGUAGCAGAGGAUUACAGCAUAGACAGCAGGAGAAGGGUAACAAGAACAGGAGAGAUGAACACGGAGGAGAUACACCUUGCUCCCCCGCUCCGAGGAGUUACGCCUGUUUUACGGAAAGUGGAUAUUUAUUCCUUUGGGACCCGUCAACAGAGGAAAAUAUUUCCUCACUACUACCCCGCAACCUGGUUCGGCAACAAGUACAUCCCUCUUAGGGGAUCACCUCACACAGGCCCUGGGUGUUAUGCUGCGACUGAUUGGAACGGCUUGGCAUAUAACCUAACGCGAAUUCCGACCAGUACGAAAGGUUAUGCUAUUGGAGCCAGGACAGCUGUGAGGUUUAAGCCAGUCAGCAAGGAAGUGACACCAUACCCAGGAAUGUACCAGAAAGUUGAUACUGGGAAUGAAAAACACAAGCAAAGCCUUGCUCCAUUUAAUGUCUUGAUGCCUCGACUGAGGCAUGAAGAAAAGGCCACUUCCUAUCCUGGCCCUGGCACAUACAAUCCAGAGAGGAAGCCACCCCCAAAAGUUGUUUGGCCAAUGAAAUUUGGAGCUCCAGACUGGUCUCAGGUUCCAUGUCUAGAGAAAAGAACUCUAAAAGCUGAGCUGUCUACAGACAAGGACUUCAGAAAGCAUCGGAACCGUGUGGCCUACUUUAGCCUGUACUACAACUGAAAGGUGGGGACUGUCUGUCUUCACAUGCUCUCCUGGCCACAGAAUCUUCAGAAUUGAGGACAGAACUGCUUCUGUGUUUCUGAGUUCCCCUCUCUACCAGUUCAGUGUCCAGGGAGGGACAAGGGUCUCAUAGUCACCCUACACAGACAUAAAGACUGGUCCAGAAUGUUCUUACUCUUGUCUC